UCCCAGUCCAUUCCCGAUCCCGCCAUUCCCGAUCCCGCCGUUCCCGCCGCUCCAGGGGUGCAGAUGUUCGUCUCCAACCGGGAGCAGUUCGGGUUCCUGCCGGUGCCGCUCCCGUCCCGGAGCUCCCUGCGCGACGAGGCCGAGAACUUCCUGCACGUCCAGCUGGAGAUCAUGGUGAAGCUCCCUCCGGCUGAGCCCUCCCCCAACGUUUGGGUCCCUCCCAAGGUCCUGGACAAGCUGGGAUUCGAUGAGGUUUUCCUGAUCAACCUGCGGCGCCGCUCGGACCGGCGGGCGCGGAUGCUCCGGACGCUGCGCGAGCUGGGAAUCGCCCCCAAGCUGGUGGAGGCCGUGGACGGGCGGGCGCUGAACAGCAGCCAGGUGGAGGCGCUGGGGGUGCGGAUGCUGCCGGGGUAUCGGGAUCCGUUCCACGGCAGGCCCCUGACCCACGGCGAGAUCGGCUGCUUCCUCAGCCACUUCCGCGUCUGGCAGGAGAUCGCCGAGCGGGGCCUGCAGCGCUCGCUGGUGUUCGAGGACGAUUUGCGCUUCGAGGUUUUCUUCCGGAGCCGCCUGACGGAGCUGAUGGAGCAGCUGGAGCAGGCGGGGAUCUCCUGGGACCUCAUUUACCUGGGCCGGAAGCGUCUGGAGCCGGCGGGUUCGGAGCGAUCCCACCAAUGCCCCUGACCC